AUGCCUUCAACCUGUAUCGCGAACAGCGACAACUACUUUGGCCCGCGCGUAGACCCAAAUUGCCGCCGAUUCGAUUUCACCCUUUUGUUCGAAGAUGCCUUCUUCGCGAUCCUCCCCGCAGCUCUUUUCACCCUGCUGCUACCGGCUCGACUGCAGAUGCUGCGAAGAGCCCCGGUCAAAGUGACCACGUACCGACUGGCUGUAUACAAGACGAUCUGUCUAGUCACCAUUUUCACACUGCAGAUAAUCUACACUGUAUACCACCUUCGCACACCUGUCCUGCACACGCGACUCGCCACCACCUCCGACAUCCUAACCAUCAUCGCCACCGCAGCCGCAACCUUCCUCUCCGUGAUCGAGGACCAGUGCUCCAUCGAGCCGUCCAAUCUACUUGUAGUCUAUUUCUCCGCCCUGACCCUCCUCGACAUCCCCCGACUCCGCACACUAUGGCUCAUCCCAGGAGCAGAUAUCUGCCGGGGGCUAUUUACCACGAUCUACAUUCUAACUGUGAUCGCUCUAUUUCUCGAAUCCAUGCGAAAGCUCAAGAUCUUGCGAACUGUUUACCAGAACGUGACCACGGAACAGGUAAUUGGCUUCUGGGGCCGCAGUUUCUUCGUCUGGGUGACGCCGUUGUUUCGAGCCGGGUUCUCUGAUAUUCUUUCGGUAGAGGAUUUACCGCCGCCAGAUGAGGAUUUGCGAGGUGAUGCGGCACGACAGAAACUGGAAGAAGCCUGGGUAAGAUCGAAGGGGAAUCGCCGACUGCUCAAGGCCGUCUUUCGUGCUUAUAUGUGGCCCACUCUGUCAAGUAUGGUACCGCGUUUGGCGCUGAGUGCGUUUACCUUCUGUCAGCCUUUUUUGAUCACUUCGGCGGUGGAUUAUUUUGAGAAGGAUUCGACGGCGGAGAUUAAGCAGUAUGGGAAAGCGUUAGUGGGCGCUUUUUUCCUGGUGUAUUUGGGGAUUGCGAUUUCGACGGCUGUCUAUUGGCGUCAGGUGUAUCGGUUGAUUACUACAGUUAGAGCCGGGUUGAUUUCGAUGAUUUAUCAUCAGACUACUCGCUUGUCGGGCAAUGAUGUGAAAGACACGGCGGCGCUUACGUUGAUGGGCACGGAUGUGGAGCGGAUAGGCAAUAGCCUGAGAUUAAUCCACGAGACAUGGGCGUCGAUUGUAGAGGUGGGUGUGGCUCUGUAUCUUUUGGAGCGUCAGAUAUUUCUCGUCUGUCUGGUACCUGCUGUCAUUACAGUUGUCUGCAUUCUCGGAACACGUCCAAUCUCCUCCCGCAGUGGAAGUGCCCAGAAAGCGUGGGUCGAAAAAGUCCAAACACGAGUCGCCGUUACAUCAGCCAUGCUGAGUGACAUGAAAGCCGUCAAGAUGCUCGGUCUGACAGAUGUGCUCUUCGAUCUGGUGACCAAGCUGCGAAAAGCCGAGUUGGAAACGUCUUCCCGCUUUCGCAAGCUAUUCAUUUCCAUGGUGGUGCUAUCCAAUAUUCCGCUUGACUUUGCGCCGUACGCUACGUUCGCUGUAUAUGCUAUCAUCUCGGUGGUUCGGAAUGAUCGGUCUCUGUUGGCUUCGCAGGCGUUCACUUCGCUGUCGUUGAUCUCGCUGUUGACGUCGCCGUUGGUGACUUUUGUCCGGGCAGUUCCUCAACUGGCCCAGUGUGGGGGGAGUGUUGAGCGGAUUGAGACAUAUUUAGAAAGGGAGCCGGCUGCUGUUGGUCAGCAAUCACCAGCAUCCUCUUCUACUGGGAUUCUUAGUUCUCAACCUCAAGCUGUGGAACUUACUACUCAUGCCAGGGCACAGUCGUCAGACGCCUUGGUUUCGUUCAAUGGUGUGGAUAUCGCAUGGACACCUGAUACCGAGCCCGUGCUCAAGAACCUUCAUCUGGAUAUCAAACGGGGAAUUACCAUGAUCAUCGGGCCCGUCGGGUCGGGAAAGUCGACGCUUAUUGAGAGCAUCUUGGGAGAGACAGUAAUACAAGGAACCACAAAUGCACCGCUUUCCAAUAUUGCAUACUGUCCCCAGAAGCCCUGGAUCGUCAACCACACUAUCCGCCACAACAUCACCGGUGGAACAGAGUUCGAUUCGAAGUGGUAUGGGUUCUGUGUCUCGGCAUGUGGUCUGGAAGAUGACCUGAUGAGUAUUCCUGGUGGCGAUUUGCACAUGGCUGGCAGCGAUGGGGUUUCGCUGAGUGGAGGUCAAAAGCAACGAGUGGCUCUCGCACGCGCACUCUACUCCAGACAUCCGAUUCUCCUGCUCGAUGAUGUCUUUAGCGGUCUGGAUCCCAAGUGCACCAGCCACAUAUCAUCCGCGCUGUUCGCUCAAACCGGGUACCUUCGUGAAGCAGGGAUCUCGGCUAUCCUGGCGACUCAUACUCAGUCUCUGAUUCCAUACGCCGAUGAGAUUAUUGUCCUCGACAAGGGCGUUACUGCCAGGGGGUCUUAUCAUGACAUCUUGGCCAGGACACCGGAUAUAGCCGCAAAGUCUCUGCUGCAUACGAAUGAAGCGGCUAUCAGUGCGGAUGGUGCUCGGAUGGGGCAUACAACCGCCCAGACAACCACGGUUCAAGAUAGUCAGACACAAAAACCCGACUUCUCUCGCCGUGAUGGCACCUGGGACGUGUACAGAUACUAUGCUAAAAGCGCCGGCCUCCGCGUCACCAUUGGCUUUAUGACCUGCUCACUGGUUUCAACUUUCCUGAAGAACUUUUCAACUCUGUGGAUCGAAUGGUGGUCCGAAUCCAACGCGAAAGAUCCAAAUGGCCGAGUUGGGUUCUAUCUCGGACUGUAUACAGUGUUUGCAGUUCUGAAUGCUUCUGGUCUUGCCAUAGCCUGCUAUCUCCUCUUCAUGAAAGCCAUCAACGGAACAGCGCUAGGACUCCACACCGACCUCCUCACCGCAACCCUCAACGCCCCAUUCAGCUUCUUCCAAGCAACCGACACCGGCACCCUAACCAACCGCUUCACCCAAGACAUGGACCUCAUCGACAUGACUCUUCCCAUCUGCCUAAUCAACAGCUUCGGAAACGGCUCCUCCACCGUCAUCAAACUAAUCAUCCUCUGCGCCGUGGGCAAAUACAUGGCCGCCACCUUCCCCAUCCUCAUCACCACCUUCAUCCUCAUCCAAUCCUACUACCUCCGCACCUCCCGGCAAGUCCGUCUUCUCGACAUCGAAGCGAAAUCACCCCUCUACACACACUUUACCGAAACCAUCAAAGGGAUCUCCACGAUCCGUGCGCUUUCCUGGCAGGAUGUCUUCCAAAUAGACCUCGAACAGAAACUCAACCAUUCCCAACGACCAUUCUACAUGCUCUUUUGCAUACAGCAAUGGCUUAACCUUGUUCUGAAUUUGGUUGUUACCGCUAUGGCGGUUAUAUUGCUGGCUAUUACCACUUCGAUGAAAGAGAAAUUCAGCGCGGGAGCUAUCGGAGUCGCGCUGAAUAUGGUUCUAUCGUUCAAUCAGGAGAUUGUUCGGACUGUGCAAUCGUGGACUCAGCUGGAGACGUCGAUUGGGGCUGUAGCCCGUGUGCAGAAGUUUCAGGAGGAGACGCCGGCGGAGGGGGUUGGGUUGCCUGUACCGCCGGUAUAUGAGUGGCCGUUCGAGGGGAGGGUGGUGUUUGAGGGUGUUACGGCGGGAUACAAGGAUACGUCGGUGCCUGUCCUCAAGGAUAUUUCCCUGACCGUCUCCCCCGGCGAAAAACUAGCCAUCUGUGGUCCCUCCGGAAGCGGCAAAACAUCCCUCAUUAUGGCUCUUCUUCGAAUGAUCGACUUCCAAGGGGGGCGGGUGACCAUCGAUGGUCGGGAUCUAGCAUCGUUCGAACCAAAAGAUAUCCGUUCCCGAGUCACGGUCAUCCCCCAAGACCCGUUCUUCAUGCCCGGUACCGUACGGUUUAAUCUCGACCCGCACGGGGGCGCAUCCAACGAAGCGAUCGAGUCUGCUCUUCAAAAGGUCGGACUUAGAGACCGUAUCCCCAGUCUCGACAGCGCGCUAAAUGCGCAUGACUGGUCCGGGGGAGAAAGACAGUUACUUGCGUUGGCGCGGGCGUUGGUGAUGUCCAGUCGGGUAUUGGUGCUGGAUGAGGCGAUGAGCAGUGUGGAUGGGGAAACGGAAAAGCUGAUGCACGGGGUUAUUGAGAGGGAGUUUGCACGUCAUACCGUGAUUGCUGUGAUGCAUCGGCUGCAGUAUGUUGAUCGGUAUGAUCGGGUGGUGGUGCUCAGGCAGGGAGAGGUGGUUGAGUGUGAUAGCCCUACCUCCCUGCUGGCUCGGGAUACGGAGUUCAGAAGACUCUAUACAUCUGUCUGCAGUCCCUACAGUCCUUCCCUUGCUACACCCCAGCCAGUUCUAUCCUAG